AUGGCGAACCUUGAUGAGAUCAGAAGAAUUUAUGAAAUUAUAGAUGGCAAUGCGGAUGGAGUUGUGAGUGUGGGUGAAAUCAGUUGUUUCGUAAACAGACUUGGAAUACCAAUUUCAGAGCAAGAUAUCACAUGUAUGUUCAGUUCUCUGAGCAAUGAUGAAGACAAAUUUAACUGCGUAGGAUUUGAAGAAUUUGUGCAUUUAUAUCAGUCAAUCUUCAGUAACGAAGACGCGGAAUUAGAAGAUGAGUCAGAGGAUUUGAUGGAAGCUUUCAAAGUUUUUGAUCGGAAUGAAGAUGGAUAUAUCUCUUCCACUGAGCUGCAACAAGUCCUGUCCUCUCUGGGAUUGAUCGCACAGGGCCAACAUUGCGAGAAUAUGAUUUGCAGAUUUGAUUCAGAUUGUAACGGAGUGUUGGAUUUCAUGGAAUUCAAGAAUAUGAUGGCAUCGAAACUCUCUUCAUGA